CUGGCGCGGGUCGGACGCAGCUUAUCCUGCGGAACUGAUUCAUCACUGAAAUGCCACUAGGAUGAAAAAUUUAAAUUACUUUGCGUCUUUUUAUAUCACUGGCGUGAUUUUACUGGAUUAUGGUCUCAUCACGAAUGAGUGUUACGUGACGUGAAUAGAGACUACCUGAUAAACGAUCACGGACCAGAAAAUUAUUUUCUGCCGUGAAAUAAUUCUUGUGAAAAAGAAACAUAAUUUGUCUUGAAAGAUUAAUGUCGAUUUCAGUUAAUGUACUUUAAAAAUUGUACAAUUUUGCUCCAGAGAAACCAAGUGUAUCUUCAGAAUUUUGAAGAGGCACACACAACAUAAACUCUAAUUGGAAGGAUGUGGGAAGAGUGGGUGUGCCUCACAGCAGCCCUCCUGGCGAUGCAGGUGAGCCUGGAGGUGGUAAGAGUGCCGCUCACUGCCGCCGAGGACUCGCCCCAUAGUUUUGCCAAUCAGACCUCACCAUCAACCAUGCGGCUGUUCAACGUAUCGGGUGAAAUUGGAAACAAAAGCUGGUCGUGUCCAGAAGUGAACUUCCUUGAAGAUGUGUCUUGCAUUUGUGACCUACCGCACACGCUUAGGUGUAGAGGGAACGCCACCAACAACACUGUGCUCACAGCGCUUACCCAAAGUCUCAUUGGUGCUCAAGUCUCGCUUCUUGACUUAUCCAUCCAUCACGUGUCAGUUCUGCCAGAUGCAGUCUUCCAGGGCCUCCAGUUAUUAGGCCUCGUCAUCUCCUCUGCAGGAAUUAGCUUCCUGAAUGUCAGAACUUUCAGCGGCCUCGAAGGUUCCUUAGCUGCUCUCGCUAUUCCUUCUAAUUCUUUAACAAAAAUACCCUUUGAGGCAUUGCAAACACUUACACGCUUGCAGAGAAUAGAUCUUAGUGAAAAUCAACUGGAAGAGCUACCCUCGCGUGCCUUCCCAACCUUAAUACAACUACACAGCCUCAGUUUGGCUGGCAACAAAAUACGACUCAUUCAACCGGAAGCUUUCGUGAGGCUUCCACAAAUGAGAACUUUAAAUUUGAAUGACAACAAACUCGACGCCGUUCAAAUAAGCGAAAGGAAUCUUUGGGGCCUACACGUAUUAAGAGAACUAUCUCUGCAAAAUAAUUUGCUCAAGGGUUCUAUUACCUCUAAGUUCAUUUCAGGGGCACCGACAAUCACGUCCCUAGAUCUGUCACGCAAUGCUCUCACAUCAAUAGCGACAGGAGCUUUGAGCACUUAUGGAAACCUUCAGGUCCUGGAUUUAUCUCAUAAUCAAAUUGACGUGAUAGAAGAUAACGCAUUGCAACACUUAAAUAAGUUGCAGGAACUGAUAUUGAAUCAUAACAGAGUUGUGGCGAUAUCGGGAUGGUCAUUUGCUCACGUGCCUAAGUUGACGACGCUGCGUUUAGCCGACAACGCCCUUCUCGCCGUGACGGAAGACCUGGUGCACAAGCUUCCGUCUCUCAGUACCCUCGAUCUCGGUGCUAACGAUAUUACCUUUCUUCAGCCUCACGCCUUCAACAGCACCCCAAAUCUGCAGCACCUUAGUCUCACCGACAACCCGCUGCACUGCGACUGUUCUCUAUCGUGGCUCAGAGUCUGGCUGUUGCGUGACGCGGCGCUGUCCUUGGAAGAGAAGCGUUCAGCAACGUGUGCCACUCCUCCGCACCUACAGAACGCCCCGCUCGUGAUGCUCGAGGCCGAGGAACUGAAAUGCGCCGAGGACAGUUCAUUUCAUGACUACCAAGACUUCUACUCCGACUACUAUCACGACGCUGCAACUCAGGGCAUGCGGAUGUCAGAAGCGGAAAUUUCUCUGCAGAUGUCUAGGUGGACAGAUGCAGGACUUCAACUGGUGUGGAAAGUGGACGAGAAAGCCCUUCCUUACGCAUGUGAAGCAGUGUUUAUCUACGAGAUGCACAAAGUUUCAAAUGAAAAGCAUCAGUUACUCACAGAAAAAGUUGACGCAAAUUGCAGUUCACAGGCGCAAAGUAAUCCCGAAAGCGUCAGCGUUACAAUACCGGAAAACGUCCUUCAAGUUGGAUCUACUUAUAGGUAUUGUCUUGUUUUGCUUGAGUACGGAACCAGCGAUCAGGAGGGUUUCCUGCCAGGUUGCUCUGAACCGCUUCUUCUGGUUGCACCUUCGUCGGUCUCACCUCAGGGUUCAACCAACCCAAUUGAAGUCAACAGUUUAACAGCGGGUGGUCAAGGAGGAGUUUUAGUUGUUCACAGUCGUAUCAGUUAUUUUGAUUCACCUUGUACUUACAUUCUGGUUGUGAUUAAAUCGAGAACAAUAGCUGCGUACAGGCAGUUGAACUGCAGCGAAGCUCGACACAUAUUUACAAACCUCGACCCAGGUGAAUACAUGGCUUGUGUAGCACCCGAUUCAUCUCAUUCUAUGUUCAAAAGUCUGGAGUCUCUAGAAAGUUUGCUCUUGACGGCAGAAAAUGCCACAAGCGCACUACACAUGACUUUCCCAGCAUGUACACCGCUUAUAGAACUGGAGCGUGUCAGUUCCACUUGGAAAUCUGAACCUCUCGCAAUUCUGCUCUUCACUCUGCCAGGAUUGGCCCUUAUUAUCACUCUGUACAUUAUUGGAAGAAAAGUAUGGAGAGGCGGAGAGUCUCAUUUUAAAUGGUAUCCAAGAGCGAGAAAAUCAGUCAAUUAUUUUUUGUACACAGGGACGAACGAGUCUCCUUCGGUCAGUUUCGAUUCCUUGCCCUCGAUGGCUCCUGAAACUACGACGAGAGUGUGAUGCUCUAUGCUUCGAUAUACUCAGACAUCGUUACUCCUUGCAUUAGUUAUAUCGCGAGUUUAGUAUUAGGAACCCAUCAACUGUGCAAAAAUUAAUCAAAUGCUUUCAAAAAUAAGAAUUUAGGAGUGCGGGAGUAAGUAUUUUCCCGCCAAAGUAAUUGCGGGAAAAUAACUCAACAAAAACUUACCAUAAUAAAUUUUAUCUCGUCAUUAUUAUCUAGAUUAUACAAAUAAUACUGUGUGUUUAAUAAGCAUUUAAUUAGGGGCAUUUGUUUAUACUAAUCGUUGUAAAAAGUGUCUACAGCCAUAUUUUUUUAUAGCACUCAAGCUAACUAGUCUUCAAUUUAAUGUAGCCCUGUCACUUAUUCUGCUUCAUGAGUCAAUAAGUUUAGCAUAGAAAAUGAUGAACUUGUACACGAAAGCUAUUCCGUUGUGACCUGCAAGAUAUCCGUUUCAUUUAAACAAGCUUGAUACACUUUAUAGAACUUUUCACACAUUACACUCUUAAAACUGCUACUCAUAUUUUUUAAUUGAAGAAUCUACUAAACUACUCCUGUUGAUGAAGUCGCUUACUCCCUAGGUUUGACUCUACCACGUUGAUAUUUGUAUUAUUCUGCACGACCAGCAGUUUUAUUAAUUUUUUUUUUGUAUUUCCUUUCAACUCAUGAAGUGUCGCGCCCUGAAAUUUAAUGCGUUGCCUAAUGAGAUUUUCAAAAAGUUGGUUGAACUUCAAUGUGACAUCCACACUCGUGCCAUCUCAUUGCAAUAAAUUGUUUGAAGGUAGUUACGUUCUUUCACGAAAGGUGUCUUUACCUGAUAAAGUAUUUCUCUUUAUCAAAUUUUAAAAGCUUUUCAGUUUGAAGCCUCGUACAGUGAUUUUAAGAAAAUACUCCAGCUAUUGAAGUGUUCUUCCUAGUCUACUGUAAAUACUUGCUCCAUAGACGCUUUAUUUUUUCCGGUAGUAACAGUUUUAUCGAUGAACAUGUGACGUCGGGUUGCAAGGCGCAAUACCGAAGAAAUGUCCAUUCACUCUGCAGCGUGCCAUAUAAAAAUAUUUCGUACUCUGAUAAGUAGAGAAGUGAUAGACGGUGAAAACGCAUCACUUUGGCAUUCUUAAAUUACUCAGCAAGCGCACAAUUAGUUUGUAACUAUCCGGACUAUUGUGCUGUAGUGCAUGAAGGAUAGUGUGACAUGUCAAAUAUUAAAUAGAUAUUUAAUAGUAAAUAUGUUCGGAACUAGAGUUACUAAAAUUCCUGCUUUGAUUCGCAAAUCAGAGAUAUAAGGUAAUG